AUGAUAGCAGUACCCCUCGCUAUUGCGGGGCCAGCAGUGCUGGCGGGUGCAGCUUGGCUCAACGCGAAGACCCAGUUCUCCUACGACUUGAGACUGAUCAGAGCGCUCGUGAAUGCGAACGUCCAGAUCGCCCUAGGAGAGAAACGCGAUCGUCUGAGCCUUUUCUACAGUCUCGAGCAACAUGCGACGAUCAAGAGCACAGCGGAUCACGCGUUCCUUAUGUAUCAGGGAAAGACGUGGACGUAUAAAGAAGCUUAUGACAUCGUGCUCAAAUAUGGAACAUGGCUGAAAACCAUACACGGGAUAGUGCCAAGGGAGGUGGUUGCAAUGGACUUCAUGAACUCGCCCGUCUUCAUCUUUCUAUGGCUGGGACUCUGGAGUCUAGGGGCUACACCUGCGUUCAUCAACUACAAUUUAAUUGGAGAUCCUUUGCUACAUUCUGUCAAGACAUCCGCAGCACGGGUAAUGUUUGUGGAUCAGAAGAUCAAGCCACGGUUCACGAAAGAGAUCACUGACACGCUUGGAUCAGUGAAGGCGCGGGAUGGAAAAGGGCCUAUACAGACAGUCUUCUUUGAUACGACACUGGAAGAGCAGAUCAUGGGUACGGAGGCGGUUCGAGAGCCAGACUCAUCGAGAAGCGCCGUGCGUCUUGACAUGGCUAUGCUCAUCUUCACCAGCGGCACCACGGGUCUACCAAAACCGGCAACCGUUAGCUGGCAAAAAAUCGGACUGUUGACGGGCUUCAUGCCUUCUUGGUUCAGCUUAACGAAAAGCGAUCGAUAUUAUACCUGCAUGCCGCUCUACCACUCCUCAGCCGCCCUCCUCGGACUCUGCACCUCAUUGGUCGCCGGCAGCACACUGAUCCUUGGCCAUCGCUUCUCUACCGCGACCUUCUGGAACGAAGUUCGCGAGCACGAUGCUACUGCUAUUCAAUACGUAGGCGAGACAUGUCGCUAUCUCCUCGCCGCCAAGCCGCAACAUGAUCCCGUCACAGGCGAGAACCUCGACCGCAAGAAUAACGUCACCAAAGCGUUCGGAAAUGGUCUCAGGCCAGACGUAUGGGAUAGGUUUAAGGAGCGCUUCGGCAUCGAUACCAUUGGCGAGUUCUACGGAUCUACAGAAGGUGUAAGCGCGACGUGGAAUCUCAGCUCGAACAAGUUCUCUAGUGGGGCCAUUGGUCGGAAUGGCUCUUUGUCGUCGGCGAUAGUGAAACACCAACUCGCCAUCGUGGAGGUAGAUUGGACGACAGAGCUUCCUCUCCGUGAUUCCCUGAACCACGACUUCUGUCGACAAGUCAAGACGGGUGCAUCGGGGGAAUUGGUGUUCAAAGUUGACCCCGCAGACAUUCAUUCCAAGUUCCAAGGGUACUUCAACAAUCCGUCCGCAACAGAGAGUAAGAUCUUCCGUGACGUGUUUGUGAAAGGAGACGCAUAUUGUCGUUCUGGAGACGUUGUACGGUGGGAUAGCGAAGGAAGAUGGUGGUUCUGCGACCGCAUCGGCGACACAUUCCGCUGGAAAUCCGAGAAUGUCUCCACGGCCGAAGUUAGCUCCGUACUCGGUACACACCCGCAUAUCCACGAGGCCAAUGUCUACGGGGUCGAAGUACCCAAUCAUGACGGGAAAGCGGGCUGUGCCGCGGUUCUAUUCGAUGCUGAAGAUGUCAGUGAGGGGUUGUUGGAUAGUGUGGCCAAGCAUGCCCGGCGCAGCUUGCCCAAGUAUGCGGUGCCGCCUUUUUUGAGGUUAGUCAACGGGCAUCAAACGACGGGGAACAAUAAGCAGUUAAAGGCCGUGCUGAGAGGCGAGGGAAUAUCGCCGGAUAAGACUGGGGGGUGA